AUGAAAUUGAGAUCAAAUUUGGAAACAAAGGAACGUAUGGCUGAAAUUCUUGUGAAAAAAAAAAAAGGACGACAAAGUCCAAGUAUCACUAAGAUCAAAAAGAUAAUUACAGAUGAGAAAUGUUGGAACACUGCUUCCUAUGAAGAACAGGAAAGAAAAAUUAGCGAAUUACAGAAUGAUAUGUUAAUUCAAAGAGAUUACUAUCAAAAAGAAUUGGAAGAGAGUUGCGAUGAGAAGGAACGAUUAAAUAUGGAACUAUUAAAAGUUGAUGAGAAAAUUAGCAUUUUGGAAAAAGCAACAAAAAGAUUGGAAAAUGAAAAUGCAAAAUAUCUCACCAUAAUACAGGAAAUGCGUCAAAAUUCGGCAAAACAAUUGGAAGAAGAAGCAGCUAAAAUGAAGCAAUCAAUGAAAAUGAAACAAAUGAUAAAAGAAGAAUUGUAUCAAUCAAGUAAAGGAAUGGAAGCACGACUUGAAUUAAUGCUAAAGCAAAUAUGUGAUGAUAAUGUUAAACUUCAUGAACAUUUAUGGAAAAUUGAAGAAACAUAUGGAAAUGGAAAAGUUAAAAGGAUUGAAAGAGAAAAAUUUCAACAAGAAUUAAAGAAAAAACUUAACGAUUUAUUGCGAAAAUUUAAAAUUGAAGCAAUUAGUUCAAAUUUGAAAUGGUCAAAUGACGAAACUAUACAAUAUGCUAUAGAUAAUUUUGAAGCAACAAUUGAAAUUAUUUUACAAGAUAAGCCGUCAUUUCAUUCUUUGGCUGAACGACUUUCAGUUUUUAUUGAGGCAAAGAAUAAACGAAACAAUGAGCAAUUACAAUUAUCCAAGUAUGAUAAUGCAAAAAAAUCAACUAAAGGUCAAGAAUCAGAAGCUUUUGCGUUGUUCAAGGAAAGAUUUCGACAAAAAAUUCACGUAAUGUUGGCAAAAUUUAUGGAAAAACAGAAAAACGAAUUUUCAGAAAAUAUUUCGACAAUAAUAAAUCACGUGGGAGAUCUUGAUAAAAGAGUUGAUGCUAGUUUAACGAGUCGUAUUGAAAAUAUGAGUGAUAUAAUUACUCAUAUUGAUCGUAAAAAGAGUAAUCUGCAUAAAAUCGAAGAAGAUUUGGAUUACAGUAUUGUUUUGGUGAAAUCAUUAUUUGAUCAACGACAAGUUGAGUUAGAGAGAAAGGAGAAAAGUGAUAGGCCGAAUUUUGAUGAAGAAAGUUAUAAAUUGAGGGAAAAAUAUAGCCAAAUUAGCCAUAGAUAUACGAAACUGGAAGAAAGGAUGGAAAAUAUAGAAAAACAGUAUGAAGAAUUACUUUAUGCAAAACUGGAUCGUGAUGAACAAAUGUAUGAUAUAAAAAGUAGACAUCGUAAGAAAGUGACAUCAAUGUCUUAA